UGAACUGAGGGACUGAGGCGGGAGAACCACAGAGCCGCGGGAGAAGGAGCAGCAGGAGCAGCGGGAGGAAGAGGAGCAGCGGGAGGAGGAGACAGACACCCUCCGGUCGCGUCGAGUCUUCGCCACGAGCAGCACCACAGACUUCUCAAUGAAGGAGCCCGACGCAAUCAAGCUCUUCAUCGGGCAGAUACCCCGAAACCUGGAGGAGAAGGACCUGAAGCCCAUUUUCGAGCAGUUUGGCAAAAUCUACGAGCUGACGGUGAUAAAGGACAAAUACACGGGGAUGCACAAAGGAUGUGCCUUCCUCACAUACUGCGCACGGGAGUCCGCCCUCAAAGCCCAGAAUGCACUGCACGAGCAGAAGACCCUACCGGGGAUGAAUCGACCAAUCCAAGUGAAGCCGGCGGACAGCGAGAGCAGAGGAGAAGACAGGAAGCUGUUCGUGGGCAUGCUGGGAAAGCAGCAGACGGACGCAGAUGUGAGGAAGAUGUUUGAGCCGUUUGGCAGCAUAGAGGAGUGCACGGUGCUGCGAGGGCCCGACGGGACCAGCAAAGGUUGUGCGUUCGUGAAGUUCCAGAACAACGCGGAGGCCCAGGCCGCCAUCAACGCUCUGCACGGGAGCCGCACUCUACCUGGCGCCUCGUCCAGCCUGGUGGUGAAGUUCGCAGAUUCGGAGAAGGAGCGGGGGCUCAGGCGGAUGCAGCAGGUGGCGUCUCAGCUGGGGGUCAUCAGUCCCAUGACCCUCCACCUCGGGGCCUACAACGCCUACACCCAGGCGCUGAUGCAGCAGCAGGCCUUGGUCGCCCAGUCGGCCUAUCUCUCUCCCGUCGCCACGGUGGCAGCGGUUCAGAUGCAGCAGCUCGCCGCCCUCAACCCCAGCAGCAUCAUCGCCACGCCGAUCGCAUCCAUCACCCCGUCCUCAGGUACCAGCACUCCUCCCUCCAUCGCCGCCACCCCAGUUCCCGCUCUGCCCCCGCCCAUCGCCGUGAACAGCUACCCGUCUGUGCCGGCUCCCCCCAGUGGCCAAUCGGCGACAGAAGCCCUCUACACCAACGGGGUCCACGCCUAUCAAGCUCAGAGUCCGGUCCUGGACCCCCUGCAGCAGGCUUACACCGGCAUGCAGCACUACACAGCCACCUACCCAGCAGCCUACAGCCUGGUGGGGCAGCCGUUCCCCCACCAACCCGCUCUGGUGGCGCAGCAGCCGCAGCAGCCGCAGCAGCUCCAGCAGAGAGAAGGUCCCGAGGGCUGCAACAUCUUCAUCUACCACCUGCCGCAGGAGUUCACCGACUCGGAGAUCCUGCAGAUGUUCCUGCCCUUUGGGAACGUCAUCUCUGCCAAGGUCUUCGUGGACCGAGCCACAAACCAAAGCAAGUGCUUCGGUUUUGUGAGCUUCGAUAACCCGUCCAGCGCUCAGACGGCCAUCCAGGCCAUGAACGGCUUCCAGAUAGGCAUGAAGAGGCUGAAGGUGCAGCUGAAGAGGCCCAAGGACGCCAACAGACCGUACUGAAACGCCGGAAGGAAAACCUAAGAGUUCAAUCAAGGAAACCACUUGGGAUGUCCCAGCCUUUGUUUUUGGUUGCGUGACCAACCGUAUAGCACAGGAGCAACACUUCACCAAAAGCAGUAUCCUACGUGCGAGCUUACGAAAUCAGCAAAAAAAUCCCACCAUCUCCAGAGUCAGCAUCCGCAGUAUCAGAAGUGCUCCAAAGUUCGUAUCAUUCCACAGCUGGAUUCAUUUCUACUAUGUACAUAAUCUAUUGUUGGCAACAAAUAUACAUGUUAAGGAAAAAGCAUAUCACUGAUGUUAUUCUGCUGAACAGGGUUCUACUGUAUAGUGUGAUUCGUGGCGUCAAGAGAAGGCCGGUCGACACUUGGAAGGCAAAAGAAAAUACUAUUCUGUAUGAUUACCAUGGGUAAUAUUGUUAUGUAGAGUUAGUUUUAUUAUUUAAACGUAAAAUUCAAAACAUGAAUGAUUCAAAUAGAAGUGAAACGGAUUUGCUCUCACUGUAAAUACCUUGGUUGUCAAACUGGAGGACUUAAAACAAACAAAAACCACAUUCUUUGCUGCCACAUUUCAAAUGAACAGGGUGGAAGGAAGGGCUGCUGGGAAUUUUUCUAUCUUGAUUUUUUACGUUUAAUUUAUUAGGAAUCAAUCUGGAGGCUGGGAAAGAGGACAAUUUCUUUUUUAAUUUGAGAAGAAAAAAAACGAGUGUGGUGGUCCUCAUGACGAUGAACACAUAUUAUAAAGUUUUUAAUUGCAUAAAUGUACCUAUGGAAGUUCAAAACAAACAAAAAAAAUGUUUCUUUAUUUAUUCUCUGCAAUCGCUGUUUUAAAACAUGUCUUUAAAAGAAAAUAAAGUACAAUUUAGAAAAAAUGAAAAUGUGGAGUUUUUUUGUUUGUGACAGAUCUUUGGUGUGGUUAGGAUGAUGAUCUUAAGACAGUUUUAGGGUCAUUUUCUGCUCCCUUUAGUGAAGUAUUGAAACGAACAUUUGACCUUUAAAUGUAUUUAUUUUAAUGAUGAAUAAAAGUUUAAGAUAAAACCCA